AUGAACGAACGGCAUAUAAUACCCCAUCCGAAUCCAUGCUUGUUUUCUUCAGUCCCGAUGCGACUUAUCAACACCCGCACUCUCGCCUUGAAGGAGUUCUUCGGCACCAACAUCCCCCGCUAUGCCAUCCUCUCUCACACUUGGGGCCCUGAAGAGGUCACUUUCCAAGACUGGAAGAAUCUCGCGUACGCAAGAGAAAAGCGCGGAUUUCAAAAGAUCGAAUUGGCCAGAACACAGGCCAUCCGUCACGAUUUGAAGUACCUCUGGGUUGACACAACCUGCAUCAACAAAGAGAGCUCCGCUGAGCUUUCCGAAGCUAUCAACUCUAUGUUCUCUUGGUAUAGAAAUGCCGAAGUUUGCUACGCCUACCUUUCCGAUGUAUCAGAAGAGAACGAUCCAGAUGAGAGUACCAGUAGACGCGCCUUGUUCACCAGAGUCUCCAAAAGCCACUGGUUCACGCGCGGCUGGACGCUACAAGAACUUCUGGCUCCUCAGCAAGUCCUGUUCUUCUCCCGUGAAUGGCGGCAGGUGGGAACACGCAAAUCCCUAGCGGAUGUUAUAUCAAAAACUACCAACAUUGGUACCACCUACUUGUACCAUAAGAAAAUGAAGCACAGGACACGUAUCUCCGCAGCCAGCGUUGCAGAGCGUAUGUCGUGGCUUUCUCGCCGCAAAACCACGCGUGUCGAAGAUAUGGCCUACUGUAUGUUGGGUAUUUUCGACAUCAACAUGCCUUUGCUGUACGGUGAAGGCACGAGAGCGUUCACGCGUCUCCAAGAGGAAAUACUCAAAAUAUCGACAGAUGAGUCACUAUUUUGUUGGUCGUGGAACGAGGACGACCCGGUAUCCUGGUCGAGCAUGUUAGCUCCCUCUCCUCGCAAUUUCAGAAAUGCCGCGGGAUACCAGCCAGCGAGAGAUGAGACGAGCAGGCUAGCGCCCUAUUCAAUGACGAACUUCGGGCUAUCCAUUCAGCUUCCCAUCGUAAGCUUGGCUCAGAUGCCGCGCUCCAUCGUAGAUCAAUGGCUCCGCCCGUUCGAAUAUAUCUGCAUCCUAUCCGCAAGCACUGCGGAUGGCUUUCUGGUUGCCCUGCCUCUGGAAAAGACCUUGACCGCAGAUACCUACAAAGUUGUCCGCGACUCCCCUCGCCCCAUAAUAAUGCACUGGAAGAACCUUGGCUCCCUCAAUGCCGACGGAGUAAGCGUCAAAACGCAAAACAUAUUCGUCCCUUCAAGGGAACCGGGAUGGGAUCUGCAGGCCUCUCCCGUCAGAUCGUUCGAUGAAAGGUUCACCUUGGGAGAAUUCGCAGUUCUGCUUCUGGUUUUCAACAGUUCAAAAUCAACUUUGGCAGUAACAAACAUUGAAGCAAUUCCGAAGCACAAUAAGUCAAAGGCGGGGUUCAUCAAGAUGAAAAGGUUCACGAUUGCCGGCCCCCCAAAUGCAAACACCCUAUCAUCUUGGCAUCGGUUCCACGUAAAUGAAGUUCACGGCACCAUGAUACGCGUCAGUUGCGACACGUUUCGUCCCAACGAUGGCCCUCUCUGUUGCAUAUUUGGAGUUUUUGUCGGCGAGGACAAGUCUACGAAGUGGUUUUGCAGAAUUCUCGAUACCAAUGCUGAAGGGAAAACGAGUUUGAAUCCAAACAUCCCCUAUACGCAUCGAUCUCUGGAAACGUUUCUUGUAAAUGAAGCCGCAAAAUGGCAGUCGUUUUGCACAAAUGGAUUCAAAUCGGCAGAUGGGAAUGAAGACGUCUCAAAAGAUGAACGUGUUAUCAACGCCUUCGGGCCAGAGUUUCUGGUCGAAACGAAUCAUCAGAAGACUACAACGAAAGCGGCGCAUUUGAUUCUUAGAAAGCAGUCAGAUUAA